AUGACAUCCAAUCUUCCUGUCAUGUUGGCGAGAAACUUCCUUGGCGUAGUUCGCGCUAACUACGAAGACGACGACUCUAACUCUCCAUCUCCAACCUCUCCCACCUCUUCUUCCGUGCCCGCAUCACCUAAUACCGCCACUCCGACUUCUUCUUCCUUACCCAAUGCCGUUUCGAGCUUCUUCUCAGGACAACCCACAAUUCCUCAAUUUCAUCGCCGAGCCUCCGAGAGCGGGCCGGCUGACAACACCACAGCUGAACCCAAGAGGUUACUUGCGCGUAGAUAUACGCUUCCUCCAAGAAUCGAUCCAUUCGUAAAGUUUGGAACCCUGCAAGGCGAAGAUACUGGAAAUAGAGUCCCUAUGGCGAGGUUCUGGGAGGCUGGCGGUAAAGAAGACUCAUCCGUUCAACUUGCUAUGGAACACGUUCAGUUCGGGUUUUGA